UGGCUUGAUUUGUCUGCGCACGGCGCACAGCAGAUUUGUCAUCAGUAAAGAAUUAGAUAAAAUUACAAAAUACGUUAUUGAUACAAGAGAACUAUUGUACUCAAAUAAGUUCUGUGUGAAAUAGAGUGUGAGUUAUCUAGUGUCAUUGUGUGCUCUUGUUAAUUUGGCUACGUAUGUUCAGUUUAAAUCUGUGCUGCAAGUAAAAAUGAAUAACGUCGCCAGAACACCGAAGACAACACCAAUAACUGAUGAUUAUGAUAUCUCAAACACAGUCCUUGGUCUUGGGAUUAAUGGGAAGGUGGUCGAAUGCAAAGAAAAAAGAAGGGGAGUUAAACGUGCAUUGAAGGUUUUACACGACAGUGCGAAAGCUAGACGGGAAGUGGAACUGCAUUGGAGAGCGAGCGGCUGCAUACAUAUCGUUGAAAUAAUAGAUGUAUACGACAAUACGUACGCUGGUAAGAGAUGUCUGCUCGUUGUAAUGGAGUGUAUGGACGGCGGAGAACUGUUCCAGAGGAUCCAGGAUAAUAGAGAGGGAGCGUUCACUGAGAGACAGGCUGCUGAGAUAAUGCACUCUAUAUGCGUUGCGGUGCGUCACCUGCACGACUCUGACAUCGCUCACAGGGACAUCAAGCCUGAGAACUUGCUCUACACCAGUAUGGAGCCCAACGCUAUACUUAAACUUACGGAUUUUGGAUUCGCGAAGGAGACCUUGUCACAGGCGGAUACGUUGCAAACGCCAUGUUAUACGCCGUAUUACGUUGCUCCUGAGGUCUUAGGUCCAGAGAAAUAUGACAAGUCUUGUGACAUUUGGUCCCUGGGUGUUGUCAUGUACAUCCUGUUGUGUGGCUUCCCCCCAUUCUACUCUAACCACGGCCUCGCCAUAUCACCAGGAAUGAAAAAGAGAAUUCGUCUCGGUCAAUACGACUUUCCAGAACCGGAGUGGUCGAAUGUAUCCGUCGAGGCCAAGAAUCUGAUCCGCGGUAUGCUGUCUGUGGAUCCUGCCAAACGACUCACAAUACACCAGGUGAUGUCAAGUCCGUGGGUGCGACAGUACACACAAGUGCCGCAGACGCCGCUCUACACACACACGUUGCUGCGUGACGCGGGCGAGGCCUGGGCUGACGUACAGGACGAGAUGACGCGCUCCCUCGCCACCAUGCGUGUUGACUACGACCAGGUACAAAUCAAAGCAUUGGAACAGAGCAACAAUUCCCUAUUAAAUAAGAGACGGAACAAAGUGGGCGCCUGAAUGUGGAGCUCCCACACGCCAUAGACUGACGUCAACCUCAUCACAGUAUGUUUACAACUAACAUAUAAAAUAAUUUUACAAAUUACCUACCCCUUUUUCGGUUGUAUUAGCUUUUUUAUGACCUGUAAGAAAUUAUAUACUUUUUUUCGUAUAAAUUUAUUCUGCAGUUU